UGCCAGAACGAGAGGACUGGGUCAGGACGUUUUGAACCAGAAGUGGGAAAGCUCGGAUUAUGUGAACCAGACGUCGAGGGCUGAAGCAGCUGGGGAUUUCCAAAACUCGAGAAGGUGAAGAGCUUUAUUUGGCACGAAAAGGAGAUGAUAGUGCGUUCUGAUGCCAGACAACGAUGAAACGGGUUCUGUGAUGCCAGCAGUAGGUAAACAGUGUUAUUUAAUGCCAGAGGUCAAGAAAAUGAAAGAUCGUUAUUUGAUGCAGAAAUUGAAGAACCAGUCAUUUUUGAUGCCAGAAAUCGGACAAACACCAUUACUUGACACCAAUAUCGGUGAAACUUCAUUUAUCGAUUCUGAGCUCAAUUUUCUCGGAGUCAACAUCCGUACACUUCCGAAAUUACCCAUCGUCAUACAGUCAAAAAUUAAUUCGUACUCAUUGAUAAGAAGUUAUUUUUGGUGGAAAAGUCUUCCGAAAAUACCGAUCGCCACAGUAGUAAGACUACCUCGUACUCAAUAAAUGAGAAGUUGUUUCUCUCAGGCUAAAAAGUGAAUCGUCUUGGACUAUCCUGAAUGUCUUCACGAAGUCUCUGGACCCUCCUCAUCCGGACC